GCGCCGACAAGACGCGUUUCUCUCUCGGUUGUAGUGCAUUGGCUAUAGAAACCGGCAAGCGAGUGAGUGAUAACUCGCGGCUUGCGACUCACAGUUUCUAGACAAGGAUAUCGACGCAAUCACGAGGUGCGCGUUGUUCGACGACAGUGCAAAUAAUGCAAGUGUAGAGCAGAGACAUGGAAUUAGUCAUUGACUGAGCCUGCGGCGUGAAUCAGCUGUGACAGGUUGACCUUUGACGCGUGUUGCCACGCGCGAAAACCGCCGGAAAAUUCUGCAUGUGUGAUGCACCGCGUGCAAGCGCUAUGUGAUUCAAACGCAAUUAAAAUAGAUAGCGGCAAAUCGGCAACCGGUCGGCCGAAUUCAUUCUAAUCCACGCAAAGGGAACUCCUUUUGGGUGGCGUAAGUGAGCCGGUGUGGGUAAGAAUCCAAUCCAAGCUGUUCUUCUUAGUGCAGCAUCCACGCAACACUGCAACUGCAUCCACCAGAGGACAGCGGUAAUAAAUUAGCCAAAUCACAUGAUCGCAGUGACCCACCGUGAGGGAGAGAGUGUGUAAUUGGCAUGUGAUUUGGCGUCUACACGGUGCGACUAAAUAGAAGCAGCAAAAAAAAAAACCAAAAGUGUCAAUUCGAAAUUAGUUCUGAGUGCGUGACUUUACCGAUAGAAGCGCGGAACGAGCGAACGAACGAGAAUCUGUGAGAUGUGCGUGAAGCAAGAGGACGAUCGAUCGCGGAAGCGGCGAUAAGCAACGAGGAUUCGCCAGGCUUGCAUGCUGUUGUGAGAACAGUACCGGGAUUGAGUGAAGAAGCUGAAGCGAGAGGGAAAUACGGGCCGUAUGCUAAUAGUGAUCGACGAUUUUCGUGACAUGUUCAAUUUGUGAGAUUAAUUGGCGGGCCAUUAAUUGUAUUUGAAGUUGGAAAAUUAAGCGAAGCACAAUGAAGAAGAGUCCUAUUCGAGCGCUACACGUGGCGCUGCUAUUGCUGCUGCUGCCCUCGCUGAUAAUCUCUGCGAAAACGCUUACUACCGGCCGGGGAAGACCGCCGGCAACGGCCGCGGCUGUGGUGCCACUGGAAGGGCGGGAUACCCUUUGUUCCCGUUCCCGAAGCGCGACCGAGGCACAGCGAUCAGCUAUCGAGGAGUGGUCCAACACGGUACCGGCAACGAUCCUCGUGAAAGAUAAACCGGUGCUGAUGAUGGCCAAAGAAAAUAGAAUGAGAUAUGUGAUCCAUCUAGCGGAUACGAGUCCACUUUCCAUCGUUAUCACACCAUCUUGCACCCCAACUAUGGAAGGGGAAAUCCGAUGGACGGUCGUCUACAACGAAACGAGCAUCCUUGAAAUCCACAACGCUUUCAACCGAAGUUCCUUUCUGUUGCCCUGUGCGGUACAGGGUAUCUACCACGUGUGGGUUCAAAUCACCAACGUGUACUGUUCGGCUGAGAUUUCCUACAACACACGAAACCUCGUCGACCUGUGGCCACUGCUGAACCGAACUGCACUGUCCCCUAUCAAGUUUCAUCAGCAUCCCCGGAAGCACCAACUGCUAGUCAAGUGGGAAAAAAGUAAAUUCGAUAUUCACGCGAUGCACUAUUGUUUGGUCAUAAGUCGGGAUCGUCCCCAAGAAACCCUUUGUCGGGCACUUGCAAAUAACCAACAUGGAUCCAAAUGUGGUGCAAGCAGUACGGAAGUGCUCCAGCGAAUCAGCAUUGAAGAGGAGAAAAAGAUUCAUCCGGAUGCGAAGACUACGAUCGUGUGCACGGGUGUUCGAACGAAACAACUGAUUAAAGGUCUGAGAUCGAACACCUCGUACUUCUUGGAAGUUUUCUCUGUGCACACUCAGAAGAACAAUCUUUCCUACCUGCUUGGAUCGACAACGGUUCAUGUGAAUCGAACCCGUCCCACACAGCUGAUCGAGGGGAAAUUGUUCGUCGGGAAAUUGUCUACCUUAGGCGGAUUGACCCUUUUCAGUUUCAAGGUUCCUAAGAAAUCAUCGAGUAAUUCCACCCUGAAACUUCUGGUGACACCCUGUGGAGGAACGGUGAAUCUGGAGAUUUACCGAAAAAAACGGCUAAUUCUGAGGCCAAUUGUUGACAUUUACUAUCCCAGGGUAAUUACGCUGGGGAAGGCUGUGCCUGGCGAGCGAUAUCUGAUACAAAUUUCGGAAGCAGACGAACACUACCGAACCAACCGGAUACAGAUUGCGGUAACCACGCGGGAUGCGUUUGUGAAUCUGCCCCAGCUGCCCGGCAACACAACGGUGGCUGAGCUGACCCAGCUGAGGACUUGUCACGCUACCACGAUCGCCUGGUUCAGUUCACCAGAUCAGAGGAAAAUAAGAUAUUGCACAUAUAUCUUCAAGCAGCACACGAAGCACCAGUACUACAGCAACAUAAAAAUGCCAUCCUACUGUGAGCUGGAGAGUCGAGAUAUUUACAACCAUCCGCAGCUACAGCAAAUGCACUGCAUCUUCUCGGACCAAUUGAACCACACCGACCUUACGCCCAUGUCGAUGUCCAUAAACAACCUUGCGCCGGCUCACUACUAUCUGAUAUUUGUAACGGCAAGCUUGGGAAACAGCCGCAGCCUCCCAUACCGCUCGGCAAGGAUAAAAACUCAUCCGUAUUGCCGUGAAAACGAUCCCAGCAACAUCCAGCAGCAGCAGAGGCUCCGAGGCGUUUCCGUUGCCAAAAAGCAGCCGCACCAUCCUCGAAGCAAUAGCAGUGUAAACAUGUUAAAGUCGGCAUCCAGCAGCAAACAGCAUCAGCUGAUCGAGAGGAGAAAUAAUCGCCUCAAGAGGGAUGAUGAUUAGGAUGCCAUCCUAUUUAGAACGCAAAGCAGUAGCAAUUCUUAAUACGAUACUUUACCGUACCACUGAUUAGUGCUUGGUUUUACAGCGCGUUUAGAAACCGUGUUACCCAGUUAGCAUCCACAACGGAUUUACAACUAACAAGCAGGCUCGCAUCCUAAUUGAUUUGGCACGAGGUCAAACGGGCUAGACUUGUCGCUUAUCACACCCCGAAGAGGUCCUGAUUUAUAGCACUCGUUUCUCGUUCCUUGACAACGAUGGCAUCUAAUGGCACGCGUACGCGUACAGUUACACCCAUGAGAUGCGUUCAGUUCCCCCCAAAAAGCAACAGAAAAAUUCAUUGAACAUAAAAAAAUUAAACGAACAAGUCACUCGGGAAAUUUAUUUCCAUGCGGCAGCAUUUCCGUUUUUUUCCGGGAUCGUACAGAGGGAGUUGGACCAUUCUACCGGCGAGUAACGGCGAAAUAAAAUUGUAUUGCUUCAAUAAAUUAGACAAUACGACAGCAAAGACAAGUGGAAAGCGAAAGUGGAAUGUGAUGCAAAAAAAAAAAGAAUGUUGUAAAAUUUAUGACAGCUGGAAGGAUAUUGCUUUCAAGUGCUGCUUCAUGUGUUUUCGGUAGUUGGAGAAUGAGGCAUACAGUAGCUUUGUAACUUGGUAGGGCUUUUCAGCAAUGGCGAAAACGCUGUUUGUUCUGUAUAGUAGAAGUUAAGCAUAUUACUAUAACCACACUAUGAAUUGUACUAGUAACGAUUACAAGGAUAGAUUUUGUUCUAGAAGUAAGGUUCUACAUUCGAGAGGACAUUUUGACAUCGCUAUGCUUAUAUAUUGGUUUUAUGAGCGCGAAUACUUCUAUUGUACGGAAGACUAUUUAUUAUACGAUAUUUUCUACUUUAAAAAAAUAUUUGACGAUAAGAAUUUCUACAAAUACACACACAAUGUUCUUGUAUGAUCAUAACGAUUAAUUGUGCUGGAUUUACGAAUAAAAUACCAAAUUU